UAAGCAUGCCGACAUAUGACGGAAUAGGAAAAAGCUGGGCCGAUGAGGUCGAACAAGAAGGCGGACUCCCAACUCCACUAAUACAUGUGGAUGAAGACAGAAAAUUGAAAACCUUAACUGAGUUCAAAAUAAAUGAGGAUGGAAAAAAGGUUAAAGUCAUCAAGACAUACAGAAUCGAUAUCCAAAAGAUGCCGAAGACAGUCGCUAAGAGGAAGACUUGGAAGAAAUUUGGUGAAGCAUCAAAUGAUCCACCUGGCCCCAACCCAGCAAAUACUAUAAUUUCUGAAGAUAUAUAUAUGGUUUUGGUACAUAACAAAGAAAAUCAACUCCAAACAGAGGAAAGUGAAGAUCCUUUCGGAAAAUUGAAAGAUAAGCAAAAGAUGGUAUCUUGUAGAAUAUGUAAGGGAGACCAUUGGACCACUAAAUGUCCUUACAAAGACUCUAUUGCUGCUCCUAGCAUGGAUGGAGCUCCAGAAGGCACCGCUCCAGCUAUUGGAGAUGAUAAAGCAAAACAAGCUGGCCCACCAGGAAAGUAUGUUGCACCUGGAAGACGAGGCGGUGUUGACUCUAAAACCACUGUUGGUGAAAGAAUGGGAGGCAGAGAUGAAAGUGCCACGAUUAGAGUAACAAAUCUCUCAGAGGAUACUACCGAGAGUGAUUUACAAGAAUUAUUUAGGCCUUUUGGUCAUAUCCAUCGUAUAUUUUUGGCUAAAGAUAAAGUUACUGGCCAAUCAAAGGGCUACGCGUUUAUUAAUUAUUCAAAAAGGGAAGAUGCAGCUAAGGCUAUUGCCAAUUUGUCCGGUUAUGGUUAUGAUCAUUUGAUAUUGAACGUUGAAUGGGCUAAGCCUAGUGGAAACUAAAGAUUAAAGAAAACGUUUUCUUUGUAAUUAGUUAUAAAAAUAAAUACAUGUUCACUUAACGCAUUGAAACAUUUCUGCUAUCUUAUAUUUAUUACUGUGCAGGUCUAUGAACAAAAACUUCGAGCUUAAAGUAUAACGUUAUAUCUUUUAUAGUGAACUACAUGAAUAGUCUAAGCCUAGUAGUUAUAUAAUAGAAGUUAUUGAUUAUAAUUGUAUUUAAUUAUACAAGUUUAUAGGAUAAUUUUCUUAUUAUCUGUCCAGAAAAGUGGCGAUUGAAAGUUUUCUCUAAACCUUGACAUGAUCAUUUUCUAAAAUUGUAAUUUAAAUUAAGAUUUCUAGAGAUUGACUUUCAGAUUCUUAGAAAUGAAAGUUUAUAUUCUGUAAAAAAAUAUCAAAGAUCUACUUGGAGA